AGCCAGCCUUUGAAAAUGAGAAGGACUGAUCACUGUCCUCUCUUCAGAAGGACUUUAUUAUCAAUAACACGCAUUAUACAGCUUCUGGUGGAAGGAAGAAAAGAAAGUAGCAUUUGCAAUGUUCUCUGGCUUCUUGCUUGUUCUUUCUCUCAUUCACGGUGCUUUGCAGCUGGCGGACACUGAAACAUUUUUAAUGUAUAAUAAAGUCAGCAAACUCUGUCUUCAGGCUUCUAUUGCACAGUCAGUUAGAACUGCAACUUGCCAUCAAGACAAUGAAGCACAAAAAUUCAGGUGGAUUACUGAUCAUCAGCUCAUGAGUGUGAGACUGAACCUAUGCCUGGGUGUGCCACUGAAGGAAGAUGAGUCUCUUAUCACCCUAUAUCCAUGUAACCAAACAAGUGAGCUCCAGUGGUGGGAAUGCAGAAAUGAAAGCCUCCUUGCAAUUCAAGGAGAAGAUUUGUUUUUCAGUCCUGGCAAUGGGGAACAUGAUAAUGUUAUAUUAAAGAAAGGCCUGAAUCCAACAAAUAACUGGAAGAUGUAUGGGGCCAGGGACAUUUUAUGUUCCCAGAAAUAUGAAGAGACUUUUACACUGCUAGGAAAUGCUUUUGGGGCACCCUGUGUGUUCCCUUUCAUGUACAAGAAGCAAUGGUAUGCCGAGUGCACAGAUGCUGGCCGAUCAGAUGGCUGGCUGUGGUGUGCAACGACUGCAGACUAUGAUGCAGACCAGCGAUAUGGAUUUUGCCCAUUAAAAGAUAAAGAUACAACUUGGACGACAGAUCUGUCAACAAAUGUCCGCUACCAAAUAAACUCUGAAUCUGCUCUCACUUGGCACCAAGCAAGGAAGAGCUGUCAGCAACAAAAUGCAGAAUUAUUGAGUAUCACAGACAUUCAUGAACAAACAUACCUUAAAGAAUUAACAGAAAGUACAGAUUCUAUGCUAUGGAUUGGGCUCAAUAGACUGGACUUGAAGAGUGGCUGGGAGUGGAUUGGAGGCAGCCCUUUCCGGUAUUUAAACUGGGCUCCAGGAAGUCCCUCUCCAGAAUCUGGAAAACUCUGUGUGGUUUUGAAUCCUGAAAGAAAAGCUAAAUGGCAAAAUUGGGAAUGUGAUCAGAAACUUGGCUACAUUUGUAAGAAAAUAAACAUUACCUUGGUACCCUCAGGUGAUACUGGGUUUAUUACUUGCCCAGAUGAAUGGGUACCAUAUGUAGAUCACUGUUACAAGAUCUUCAGGGAGACCAAAGAAUGGCAACAAGCUUUGACCUCCUGUCAAAAGGAAGGGAGUCACCUGGCCAGUAUCCGAAGCCUUGAAGAGCACAGCUUUAUAGUGUCUGGGCUUGGGUACAAGCCGACAGACAAGCUCUGGAUUGGGCUGAAUGACCAUAAGGUUCAGAUGUAUUUUGAAUGGAGUGAUGGUACACCAGUGACAUACACAAAAUGGCACCUGGGAGAGCCAUCCAGCACCAACAACAGACCAGAAGAUUGUGUUCUGAUCAAGGGCCAGGAUGGCUACUGGGCAGACUAUGUCUGUGAGAAGAAAGCUGGUUACAUUUGUAAAAGAAAACCUGCAUCACAAAUAGCUGGAGAAAAGGAAAGUAUGGAUGUAGGUUGCAAAAAAGGCUGGAGACGAUAUGGGACCUACUGUUAUUUUAUUGGACAUGUACCAGCAACAUUUUCAGAGGCAAACAGCACUUGUGAAGGAGAAAAAGGUUACUUAGCCACAGUUGAAAGUAGGUAUGAACAAGCCUAUUUGAUCAGCCUUGUCGGGCUGAGGCCUGAGAAAUAUUUCUGGCUCGGUCUCUCUGACAUGGAGGACCAAGGCUCCUUCAAGUGGACCAACGGUGAAGAUGUCUCCUUUGCACACUGGGAUGCAGGAAUGCCUGGAAGUAAGCCAGGAUGUGUUGCCAUGAGAACUGGAACUCGAGCUGGAUUGUGGGAUGUUCUUGACUGUGAGACAAAGCAAAAAUAUAUCUGUAAACAGUGGGCAUAUGGUGCAACUGCCCCACCUAUUCCAACUACUGCUCCAGUACACACAUGUCCUGAAGGCUGGGUGUCAAGCAAAAAUAGUAAUUCCUGUUUUAAAAGCUUUUGCCGAUCACAUAUUAGAAAGAAAUCCUGGCUUGAAGCUCGAGAUUUUUGUAGACAAAUGGGAGGGGAUCUGGUGACCAUUAACUCUGAGGAGGAGAAACAAAUGUUAUCAAGAGCAAAAAUAGAUGGUCGCUGUUCAUUUGAAAAAGAUUGGAUUGGUAUAUUUUCCUUGAAUCCAGAUGAAGGUUUUGCCUGGAGUGAUGGCUCUCCAGUUAGGUACACAGUCUUCAAAGAUCAUUCAAGAAAUUCAGGAGGACGCAAAUUCUGUGGUGUGCUGGAUGGUUGGCCCAAACCUAUGAAGUGGCUCCUUUUGGAAUGUGAAGCACUUCAUAACUGGAUUUGUCAAAUAAAAAAAGGAGUGAUGCUAAAACCUGAACCGACUGACACAUAUGAAUAUAAAACCACUGUGGAUGGAUGGGUCAUAUAUGAAGAUAAACUUUACUACAUCAGCGAAGAACAGGUCUCCAUGGAAAAAGCCCAAGAGUUUUGCAGGAUGAAUUCUGCAGACUUGGCUGUUGUUAGUAGUAAUAGUGAGAGGAGGUUCCUACAGAGAGCUCUGAAACAAAAUGAUCGUUACGGGAGUGAGUCAAGAGAAUACUUCAUUGGUUUAAAAGUGAGUCUGGAUAAAAAGUUUAGCUGGGUAGAUGGGACUCCAGUAACCUAUGUGGCCUGGGCUCCUAAUGAACCCAACUUUGCAAAUAAUGAGGAAAAUUGUGUGGUAAUGUUGUCAAAGCCAGGUUUGUGGAAUGAUGUAAACUGUGGUUCCUCCAAUAAAUUUGUAUGUGAAAAGCAUAAUAGCUCUAUUAAUUCAACGUUUGCUUCUCCAUUGCCUCCUGGAGGAUGUCCAGAAAGUUGGCUUCUCUUUAACAACAAGUGUUUCAAAAUUUUUGCUUCCAAUAUAACAAGAAAACUUGUAUGGCAUGAUGCACGAGAUGUUUGUAUUAAUCUGGGAGGAAACCUGGCUACAGUACCAAAUGAGCAAGUGCAAGCUUUCCUCCACUAUCAUUUAAAGGAUGCUACAACUAAUGUUUGGAUUGGGAUGAAUGAUGUCAACAGAGAGUCCACAUUUCUUUGGACAGAUGGGAGCACUGUUUCCUAUACCAAUUGGGUUAGCGGUGCACCAGAAAAGACACAAACAUACUUCAACUUUUAUGACUAUGGCUUGUUGACAGACAACACUGUAGAGACUGAUUGUGUCUUCGUCAUACAGUCAGAUGGGAAAUGGCGAGAUGAUAGCUGUGAAAACGAGAGAGGUUAUAUAUGCCAAAUGAAUUCACUUACCACACAAUUUGAAGUACCAGCAACAAAUCCAUCCUCUGAAUUUGCUCGUUAUGGUGACAGUAGCUAUUUAAUCAUCUCGUCUGAAAUGCAAUGGGAACAGGCUAGAAAUAACUGUCAAGACAAACAUGCAGAACUUGCCAGCAUUUCAGAUGCCUACAUCCAUUCCUUCCUGUGGAUUCAGAUGUUGAAAUAUGGAAAGCCUGUAUGGAUUGGUCUUAACAGCAACAUGACUGGGAGCUAUUACAAAUGGAUUGAUAACUGGAAAACCAAAUUCACUAAGUGGGCAGCAGGGGAGCCAAAGGAGAAAAAUGGUUGUGUCUAUCUAGACCUUGAUGGUACCUGGAAAACAGCAUCCUGCAAUGAAAGCUACUUCUCAGUUUGUAAGAUGUCAGACGUUGUAGCUCCUACUGACCCUGCUCAGCUGCCUGGAGACUGCCCCGAAUCAGCUGGCCUUCAAGCUUGGAUCCCUUACCACGGCCACUGCUACUACAUCGAAGCGUCAGCUGCGACAACCUGGGCCCUGGCUUCCCUUGAGUGCACUCGGUUCGGUGCUACCUUGGUUUCAGUAGAAAACAUGGAUGAAUCUGACUUUCUGAUCCAUAUGGUACAACCACUUGCAAACAAAGUAGGAGGCUUCUGGAUAGGACUUUACAGAAAUGUGGAGGACCAGUGGUUGUGGCUAGACAAUGCUGCAGUGGACUUUGUUAACUGGGAGGAGAAAGAGUCCAGUGUGGAGCACAACUGUGUGGAAAUGACUGCACCACUUGGUUACUGGGACAACACCGAUUGCUCUUCUGAAAAAGGAUUUAUCUGCAAAAAAAACAAAGUUGAGCCAAGUGGAAGUCCUCUACAUGAGAAAGACAAGGAAAGGAAUGAAGAGACUCAUUCACCUGUUCAUCUCUCUGUUUGGCCUCUCCUUGUCUUGGCUAUUCUCUCUCUUCUUGGAGCUGGCAUGGUAAUCUACUUCUACAAGAAAAAGAAGACAAAAACAUCUAUCAAGAGAUACAGUCAAUGAAACAAUUCUAAAAUUAUGGGUUUGGUCAUUAAGGAACCGGUGAGAAUGGGUCCUGUGGCACAUACUAAUUUAGAGGAGCAAGUUACAUUACAAAAUUAUAUCUGUUGAAACUCUCCAAUGAGGACACCUGCAAUUUUAAAUCAAGCCCUCUGUCUCUUUUUGCAAUAGCAGACUUUUGUAUCAUGCAUAUUUUCCCAAACCAGAAUUAGUGAUUUAUGUUGUACUUUUUUAAAAGUCAAGAUGUUACUCUUAAACAUCUUAGCAAAAACAUCAGUGUGAAUAAAUUGUCAAGAAAAAAGGAACAUACUGAAAAAAAAAAUAAAAGUCAACUACUGAGAAUAAAAGUUCAAUAAAAUAUUAUUAUUAUUUAGAACUGGAUUUGUGAACUUAGCACUUUGUGAAUGUGCUAAGAACUCAAAAAAUAAGAAGAGCCCAACUGUGUUGAAAUCACAAAAUCCUUUUGCUCCAUAAACUU